AUGCUUAUUCUAAUUGCAGGCAUCACCGGCAUGGUCGGCCAGACCCUUGCUCGCUAUGCACUCGAGGAGGGCUACCGAGUCCGCGGUUUGAGCAGGAACCCUGACAAACUUAAUCCUGAUAUUGCAUCCAAGGUUGAGAGCUAUGUCGCAUGCCCCGACUUUCUUGAUAAGGUUUACCUUGCGAAAGCUGUCAAGGGAGUUGAUGUCGUUAUUGCUGCUCUACCUCCUGUGCCCACCAUCAUUGGGGCAGGUCAACUGGCUCUCUUGCUGGAAGCUGAGAAAGCAGGUGUCAAGGUUUUCCACGCCGCUUCUUGGAACUUUGAUUGGACUAAGCUCGAGCUUGGCGACCACGAGACGUACGAUGCUUAUAUCGCUUUCAAGCGGCUUGCCGAGCUCUCUUCCAGCCUGAAACCCAUUUAUGGUUUCACGGGUGCUAUCCUGGACUACUCGCUCAUUCAUAUCAAGAAUGCAGGCCGUCCCAGUCUGGUGAACGCCGAGGCUCGCACUGUUAUUUACUUCGGUACUGGUGAAGAGAAGAUGUCGUUUACUACACUUGAUGACUUAGCAAAGUAUACGCUUCUCGCUAUAAAUGAUCAGGAUAUCAUCAAGCAUGGCGUCUACUAUGUCGAGUCGUCUCAUUCCACUAUGCCUGAGCUCGCUGAUAUUUACGGCAAAGCUCGCGGCUAUGAGAUUAAGAAACAAUGCUUUGGCGGUAAGGCUGAACUUCAGGUGAUGCUGCAACAGGCUAGGGAAAACAUCGGUCCUUUGCACGCAGACAAGUACAUCGACUUGGCUUAUGGCAUGGCGUUCUUGAAUGGCAAAGCUGUUAUUGAUCCUGUUGAUAAUGAAAGAUGGGCUAGUAAGGUGACUCCUACCAGUAUGGAGCAGUGGCUCAAGGAACAUCCGGAGGCCUAG